GGCAGGCAUAGGAAGAAGGGAAGUUGCUAUGCGAUGGAUGGGAGAAGCGUCAUAAGAAGAAGCGGUGGGGAAGCGGGAAAGGCCAUAAUCGCGUUGGUAUGUGGAACACUCGUUUACUAUCACUGUGCCUUCCGUAAUUCUACCCUUCUCUCUCUGUUCUCCGAUGUCUUCAUCGUUCUCCUCUGCUCCCUCGCCAUUCUCGGCCUUCUCUUCCGUCAGAUGAACAUCCAGGUUCCAGUGGAUCCCCUUGAGUGGCAAAUUUCUCAGGACACUGCUAAUGCCAUCGUUGCUUGGUUCGUUAAUACCAUUGGUGCCGCCGAGUCUGUCUUGAGGGUUGCCGCUACUGGCCACGACAAGAGGCUCUUCUUUAAGGUCAUUGUUUGCCUCUACGUAUUAUCUGCUAUUGGAAGAUUGGCUUUGGGGGUCACAGUCGCCUAUGCCGGUAAUAUCUUAACCCUUCUAGUUUUAAUCAUUCUAAUUAUGACUUCAACACAUACUUAUCCUUUUUAUCGUGCUUUCUCAACUAACAUUUUACCCGUUUUCGUCAAUCAUGCGGUGUAGUCCCUUGAUUUGGUUACAAGUUUAUUACGUAUGCAAUUUACAAUGAUGCUUAACUCUCGUCUGCAAAACGAAUUCCUUUCAAUAGAUAAUGGGAUGGUUCAUAGAAUGCCAAUCUAUCAAAUUUAAAUCGAAAUGUAUGCUAUUGCAUUUUAAAACAACAGGAAUACUUGGCUACUGUAUCACUUUCUUAGUGUUUCUUGCAUUGUUAAGCUUUACUCCCGCAAGUGUGUGAUAUGUUGAGCUUGACUCAUCAUUUUGUGCUGUUGGUGAAUAUCUUUGACAAUGUAGUGGGUGCAGAGGAUUUCAUCACUUUUCAUGAAUAU